GCCUAUGCAGUCUGCACCCCAACCCAGCCCCUCAGCUUGAUUAUUCUGCUGUCUCUGGCCAGAUCAGCCUCUCUUUCUCCCCUUGAGUGGUUUCUCCCCAUUUUGUCCCUGAUUUGCUCAAGUCCUCUCUCUCGCAGAGCAGUCUCUGCCCCUCCCUCCGUCCCAUAUCUCCUCCCCUUGCUGUCUCUUUCUCUGGGAGUGUCUGUGUGUCUUUGUCUGGGUGUCUCUCAAAUCUCUCAAGAUAGCCGCACAGCGAAGACCUAGGCGACAAGAGACAGCACAAAGAGAGACAGCCUCCGAUCACAGUUUGGAGAUGUCGGAGCUCCAAGAAGUCCAGAUCACAGAUCUUCAGGACCCUUUAAAGGCAGCCGAACUUGCUGCAAAAUUACUGCAAGUGCAAGAGCAGAAGCACUCUAUCGAGACUCCCUAUGGAGUGGUGACAGUCACGAUUCAGGGCACCCCCAAACCCAAGCGGCCUGCAAUUUUAACAUUCCAUGAUGUGGGGAUGGACCACAAACUGUGCUUUGACACACUCUUUAAGUACGAAGAUAUGUGUGAAAUUGUGAAGAACUUUGUUGUGUGUCACAUCGAUGCUCCAGGACAAGAGGAAGGAGCCGCAAUUUAUCCUGUUGGAUAUCAGUACCCCUCCCUUGAUCAGCUGGCAGAGACCAUCCCAUCUGUGCUCCAAUACCUGAACUUCCCCAGUAUUAUUGGAAUUGGAGUCGGAGCGGGAGCCUAUGUCCUCGCUAGAUACACACUUUCUCAUCCCAACACAGUGGAAGGUCUUGUCCUCCUUAACAUUGACCCUAAUGCCAAAGGCUGGAUGGAUUGGGCAGCACAUAAGCUUACAGGCCUCACAUCCUCCAUCCCUGAAAUGAUGCUUUGCCAUCUCUUCAGUGCUGAAGAGAUUUCUGGGAACUCUGACGUUGUACGUCAGUACAAAACAGCCAUUUUGAACUCCCCUAUUCUCAGCAACAACCAACUGUACUGGAAUAGCUACAACAGCCGUCGAGACCUAAACUUAGAGCGUGGAGGAGACCUCACUCUAAAGUGUCAAGUAUUGCUAGUGGUCGGUGACCAGGCUCCUCACGAGGAUGCAGUGGUGGAAUGUAAUUCAAAACUGGAUCCAACACAAACAUCAUUCCUAAAGAUGGCAGAUUCUGGUGGACAACCACAGAUAACACAGCCAGGAAAACUGACAGAGGCAUUCAAAUACUUUGUUCAAGGAAUGGGAUACAUCCCCCACAUCCUGGAUAAGAAGCGCAAUACGGGUGGCUUCCUCAUGUAUGACUCGUCUCUCUCGCUCCAGAACCGCCUCUCUCUCCAGCGAGGGGAAUCGUUCACGCUCUCGUACUCUGUCCCAGAGCAGCGAAUCGGGGCAAAGCCCUCCCGGGACCUUCACGGAGGUGACCUGCUGAAAGGCCGUGAAGCUGGUGACCAGUGAUUGCCAUGCCACCCUCACCACAUGUGAGGGGGCUGAGCAUUUAUCUGUCCCUUGGGGGUGGAGCUAAUGAUGCUAAUUAGAAAACUAAAACCAAACCUGCAAGUCACAUGGGUGAUUACCAGAUGUCUGUAUCUGUCCAUCCUUCCUACUGUUCUGCCUUUUCACUCCCUUCUUUCAUUCUGUCUCCAUUGAUACUAUAAUAUACCAUUUUUAUUUGUCUUUAUUACUUACUGCAACAAAAAAGCAAACUGGUUUUGUAAUACUGAAAAAACAGAUUGAUGAAAACAAAAACAGUUUCCAGCUCCCACCAUAGGAAAAUGUUUGUUUAAAGUAUUUUUAUUUGGGAAGGUAAUACAAAAUCAACACAUUAAAGCUUUUAGUUUGAUGCA